CUGUGUUGCCCCCUCAGUGCGUCGCUUUUUAUACCUUAAUCUCACCCUUCAUUAUUAUCUCCUUUAUUUCUCCUCCCCCUACUGAAUCUCCUCCUCUUUUCUCCCCUCCCAUACUCUACCCAUUCUUCAUCUCCCACCCUACCUCCUUUCUCUCCCCUCCUCCACCUUUCCCCUCCCACUGUCAUUAACUAUAGUAUAAAAGAGCAUUGCAUCCCUCUGUGGCUUUCUCACACACGGUGGGAUUGCUAGAAAGGGAGGAAGUGCAGGGGAAACUGGAAAUUACGCCAUCUUUAGUACCUGACUGGAGUUGUUGUCCUCUGUGGAAUUCCCAUUGAAGAGCAUCUUUUCUUGUGAUCAAUACUAAUUAGAGACCAUGAGCGGGAACUACAGCGUCACUCUGUUGGGGCCGGCCCCUUGGGGUUUCAGGCUACAAGGAGGGAAGGACUUUAACAUGCCCCUCACCAUCUCCAGGCUGUCGGAUGGUGGGAAAGCAGCCAAAGGUGGUAUUGCAGUCGGAGACACAGUUCUCUCCAUCGACGGUGUUUCCACAGAGGGCAUGAACCACCUUGAGGCCCAAAACAAAAUCAAGAACUGCACCGGGAACCUUAGUCUCACUCUGCAGAAAUCCAGUGUUUCUAAGCCCCCUCCAGUGGCACCAAAGGACAACCGAACAGAUCUCAUAAAACCAGUAGCCAUCACCCAUCCCUCUGUUUCACAUCAUCCCCAGUCUCAGUGCUCUGCCCCUUACAACAAGGCCCCCCGACCUUAUGGGGGUUGCAGCUCUGAGGGUGUAUGCUCUCCUUCACAGCCACCUUUCACCACCUUCAUCCCUUCCCCAUCCUCUGCCUUCACUCCUGCUUCAUCCCACAUUGGUCCUCCUCCUCCCCCUCUUCCUCCUUUGGUCUCUUACCCAUCCUCUGCAUCCUUUUCCUCCUCCCCCCCUGUCCUGGUUGCGCCUCAGCCAUCAGUGUAUAAUACACCGAUCAAUCUCUACUCAACUGAAAAUGCGUGUGAGGUGGCCAUGGGGCAAAGGCGGGGCCUGUUGGAGAGUCAGGGAGGAGCCUUACCACAUUUUAAUGGUAUUCCCAGGAAACAUAUUGUGGACACAGACAUCCAUUUUUACCAUGUGCCUUCUCACGCUGAUGCCAGUAGAAAGCGCAUAAUGGAGGAUACAGAGGAUUGGCGUCCACGCACAGGCACCACCCAGUCCCGAUCUUUCAGGAUUCUGGCUCAGAUCACAGGCACAGAGAACGUUCAAAACGAAGAAGCUGAUGCAUCACAGAAGACAAAUGAGGAGGAUGAGGAGACACAGCUUAACUCACAUGAAUCUGCUGUUGUCAAAACUAUGAUGAAAGGAUCUGCUUCAAACCAUGGUCGAGGAGUACAGAGUGGUUUGAUCACUCCAUCUUUUGGAAUGAAGGGUAAUGGGAGUGCCAGUGUCCUCAGGGGUCCUGUUCCAGCCCGACCAGUGCCUCAACCCCACCCCAAAGAUGAGGACACUCUGGUCCAGAUGGCAGAACACAUUCCUGCUGGGAUGCGAACCCCAAUGUGUGCCCACUGCAACAUGGUGAUCAGAGGACCAUUUUUGGUUGCAAUGGGAAAAUCAUGGCACAAGGAGGAAUUUAACUGUGCCCACUGCCGAACAUCUCUGGCAGACAUAGGCUUUGUGGAAGAAAAAGGCUCUGUGUAUUGUGAACACUGCUAUGAAGAGUUCUUUGCACCAACCUGCAGCCGGUGCCAGGCCAAGAUAUUAGGGGAGGUAAUUAAUGCCCUGAAACAAACAUGGCAUGUCUAUUGCUUCAUGUGUGCUGCCUGUCAGCAGCCAAUCAGGAACAACACCUUUCACCUGGAGGAUGGAGAACCUUAUUGUGAGCAAGACUUUUACAGUUUGUUUGGAACUGGCUGCCAUGGCUGUGAGUUCCCUAUUGAGGCUGGAGACAAAUUUCUGGAGGCACUCGGUUACAACUGGCAUGACACCUGCUUUGUUUGUGUUGUAUGUUGUGCCUCUCUGGAGGGUCAGACCUUUUUCUCCAAAAAGGACAAACCUCUUUGCAAGAAACAUGCUCACACAGUGAAGAUAUGAACCUUCGCAUGCCUCUCUGCCUCUAUUCUCUCUCUUGUCAAAGGAUGCAGAAAUACUGAGGGCUCAUAUUUACCAGUGGAUUGUUCUUUGACCAAGUUAAUUGAAGCUAUAACUAAGCAGACCACUUUUAUUUUAACUCUUUAACGGAGGUAUUGGAUGGGGGAUAAUACAAAAUCUUUCUUGAGCUUUAUAUCAAACCAGGGGAUUUUCUUUGAUUCUUUCAUACAUUUGAAAGAAUGUAUUAACAAAGCUCAGCCUUGGAGUUGCAGUCUCCAGUCAAGCACUUGCCCCUCAGAGUAUCUCUCCCUCACUGCUAAUGCAGUCAGCAUAUCACUUUUUGAACAGAGUGUCUUCUGCACUUAUUUUAAAAACCACCUCUGUCGAAUGCUUUCGCUGACAAUUUUGGAGGAUUGUAAAUACAAUCUAGUUUAUACAAUUUAAAAUGUCCUUAAUUUUAAUUUCCUAAGAACAGUUGUAAACAGCAGAAUGGAUGAGUUUUGUUGUGAAGAUGUGCAGCGUGUCGAAUUGAGUAGGAGCUUCUUAAACAGACAGAUGCCCAAUUUCAAGGCAUCAAAUUGCAAAGUCAUAAUUCUUUCAAGUCAUAUUUGACAUAUGCAGCAUUUUUAUAAUAACUGAAGGUAACAUAAUUUCUUGAUCAUGCUAUAAAAUGACACUAUUUGGCUGCAAGCACAUUAUACUACCCCAUGAAAUAAGUUCAUUGUACUUAUGCACACAAGACACUGUAAAUCAUUUUUGUAAGACCACCACAGUUAGUCAUAAUUUCUUACACAAAAGUAUUCAUUACAUAUUAGUAUUCAGAAUCUCAGUAUUUGUAUUAAGAUUAACUAAAUGUGGAUGUGUUAUUUUAAUAAAAGAUUUUAACUAAGCAUCUCAGAUAAUCAUUGUAUCUUUCUUUUUUAUUGUAUUUUCAUGCUGUUUUCCAAAACUUACUUGAAGUUUCCAAACAGAAAAAUAUAUAACAAAAUACAUUUUUAACAGCAUUAUUUAUUCUGGUUGAUUGACAAAAAAACUUCAAAAAAUAAAUAUUAACAUCUGACAUAAGUAAAUGAUCUGGCAAGUAUUCAUUUUAUAUUUCCUCACACUCAACACCUUAGUGAGGGACAUACAUUUUUUUUAAAAUUGUGUUCUAUUAUUAAUGAAAAAUGUUUGUGUUUUUAUUCAUUGUUUUAUGUUUCAACUUCACCUCAAAAAGACAGAUGAUCCAAUAUUUUUUGAGAAACCGUUCAUCACAGUCUGUAUCCCAGGAGGUACUGUGUGUGUGUGUGGGGGGGUGCGUGUCUUCCUGUGUGUGUUUUAUUGAGGGGAACACUUUAAUUUACUUUGAAUAUGUAAUUGUCUUGAUAUUUCUUCUAGAUUUGUACUAAAUUAUAAUGAAACUAGGUAAAAAGGACAAGAUUUCACAUUGUCUGACCAAGCGCAGACUAGAUUGUGUGUAGAAAGGUAGCAUAUAUAUUAUAAAAGUACCGGCAUAGUACACAAAAGUAUUUACAUGUCAUUUUCAUUAUCUCUCAAAAUAUGUUUGAACAUAAGUUAAAUGUACCUGUGUUGUUCAAUAAAUUGUGAUGUUUAACCCUC